AUCUGCAUUCAAUGCACAUUACACUGAUCCCGAGCCUGCAGUUACACGCAUGCGCAUUUAACAAGGAAACGCUACAGUGGGCAUUGCAAUACUGCUGUAAUUGGAAACAUUCAACAAUCGCUCCAAUUAGUUUCGUAUCAUAGGACAGACAGCACAAUCUAAAUUCCGGAGGAAAUCACUCGUAAGAAGCAUUUGGAAUACAGUAACGUAGGAGUUUUGUUGUACAUGCAAAACCUACAAAGGCUUGUUGAAAAAGGCAUAGGCUCCGAAACAAGGUCCAGUGAUGAGUUUCUUUAGUUUUGGUCAAAGUGCAGAAAUCGAUAUAGUUUUGAAAGACGCUGAGACAAGAAAGAAAGUUGAACAUAAGACUGAGGAUGGGAAAAAGGACAAAUAUUUUCUGUUAUAUGAUGGUGAGACAGUAUCUGGAAACGUCAACGUAACACUUAAGAAUCCAGGGAAAAGACUCGAGCAUCAAGGCAUCAAAAUGGAGUUUAUUGGGCAGAUUGAGCUGUACUACGAUAGGGGGAACCACCAUGAGUUUGUAUCUCUGGUUAAAGACUUGGCCAGACCGGGAGAGCUAACGCAGUCCCAGACCUUUGACUUUGAGUUUACACACGUGGAGAAACCAUACGAGUCCUACACAGGCCAGAAUGUCAAAUUACGCUACUUUCUGAGGGCAACAGUAAGCCGGAGACUGAAUGACAUCAGUAAAGAGAUGGACAUUGUCGUGCACACGCUCAGCACAUACCCAGAACUCAACUCGUCGAUCAAGAUGGAAGUGGGAAUCGAAGACUGUCUACACAUCGAGUUUGAGUACAACAAGUCCAAAUACCACCUAAAAGAUGUAAUCGUGGGAAAGAUUUACUUCCUCUUGGUACGGCUCAAGAUCAGACACAUGGAGAUUGACAUCAUCAAGCGAGAAACGACAGGCACGGGCCCAAAUGUGUACCAUGAGAAUGACACCAUAGCCAAGUAUGAGAUUAUGGACGGCGCACCAGUGAGAGGCGAGUCCAUCCCUAUCCGACUAUUUCUGGCUGGCUAUGAGAUGACUCCUACAAUGAGGGACAUCAACAAGAAGUACUCUGUGCGGUACUACCUCAACCUAGUACUCAUAGACGAGGAGGAGAGGCGUUACUUCAAACAGCAGGAGAUCACUCUGUGGAGGAAGGGGGACAUAGUGAAAAAGAGCAUGUCCCACCAAGCGGCCAUCGCCUCACAACGCUUCGAGGGCUCAUCCAGUGCAGAGAAAGCCCUUGCUCAGGCCCAGGCUAAGGAACAGGAACAGUAAAACUCCAGAAUAGCCUACACUCCAUCGCUUUGUACAGGUGUGUGUGUCUGUGUGCAUGUACAGAGUGUGUGCGUGUGCGAUGUAGUGUACAUGUCUGUGAAUCUAUGAAUGUGAAAAAGAAUGCAUUUGUUUUUUCACUGCAUCUAUGAAUGUGUGUGUGUUUGUCAGAGCAUCUUUGAAUGAGAGCAUGUGUGUGUUGAUGUUCAAUAUGUGAACAUCAGCCAUUUUAGGCAUAUAUUUCUACCCUCGCCCAUUUCAACAUCGCCAUCUCACCACAAACACUGAUGGCACUUUCUACAACAACUGCAGUUGAAAAGGGAUGACAAAUUUAAUGUUUAAAGAAAUAAGGCAUCCUCAUGGUAUAUUUAAUUUACUUUUAGCCAGGUUUUUCUGCCGUAUUGAUUAGCAUAAUAUGCUUUUUUAUUUUCUUUGAAAUAGUGAUUUCUUAACUCGAAACAAUGGUGAAAACAGCUUCUGUUGACAUAGCUUCCUUUAGGCAUCUCUUAAUGAAUACUUGUCUUUGGCAGUUGGACUCAAUGGACAUGCAAGACCUCUUAAGUCCUGUUUACACCUUGCAUUAACAUGUGGUCGUCAUCCGAUCAAGAUUAUCAAAUCACUAUCUGAUCAAGGUCUGUUCCGUCAACAUAAAAAUGUGUCUCAUCCGUCCACUGUAUGUGGACACUGGACACAUGUUAGCGCCAGGUAUAAACGUGGCUUUAGAAUCAGAGAAUAUGCUAAAUGUUUUUUUAUCAUGCGAAAUGUCAUGCAAAUAGGGAAUAUUUUGGGGAAAUUACAUUUCAAUUGUCAGACAUCAACUAUCAGCAUUGCAUUCCAUUCCAUCAUAAAAAAAAAACAUUCCAUUUCAAGCUUUGUGUCAUUAUCA